AUGUCCAAGACACGCUCAUUAAGGAUCGUCGUCGAAGGAAAAGAACAUGCUCGUCGGCAACAACAACAACAGCCUACAGCAUCAUCAGUCUUGGGAGUUCCAACUGCCACUCCAUCAGGAUUUCUUGUCGAGGGAUUCCAUACCGUCACGACCAAAAUAAGCCCGCCUUCCGCCUCCGAGAUAGCCCCUGGUGUGGCUGCCUCAGGGUCCCCAGUGAUCCAUCUAAUCACGACGACGGAAACCUCGAAGCCCCUUCGCCAUAGAACUGGAGGCAAAAGCUCAGUACCUGUCAGCACAAAGGUCACCAUCGGUGUGUCCGUCAUGGUCGGGAUCCUGGCUGUCUUUGCGUUGAUCGCUUGGCACUUGAGGAUGAAGGCGCGGAUGCGCAAUAAGAAGCGCAUCAGUCGCCCUAUCAAACCCAGCAGCCUUCCUCCUACGCCGCUCAUAUCACCGUCGAGCUCGUACGCUGGGCCACCAAGCGGCCCGUUGACGCCGCCUCCACGACUACAAGAGCGACGCUUCUUGCUGACUAGAGCUUUGAGCCUUCGCCGUAACAACCAACGCCGUCAGUACAAUGAUGAGGACUCUCAGGAAUGGGCUGGUGUGCCACUAUCGCCCAUGCCGCCACUGUCGCCCCUAUCACCUCUCUCAAUCCCCAGGACCAGAUGGAACUCUGAAGAGUCUGAGCACGGCGGUAUAACGGCAACAACUACAAUCUCGCAAAUAACACAUGUCAACAGGCCCCCUAGAGACGACCUUGCGCCAGCCGCCAGCGUUUCGAGCAUCUUCAGCAGCGCAAGCACCCUGCGGGCCACGUCCAAUACAUCCGCUGACUCGACACAGAUCAGAUAUAGCGGUACCACUGCCACUGAUCUUCCCAGACCGCCGCCACGAGUAUAUGAAACACCGCCGAUGAUUCGUGGUCUGGCCAGUCCUGGGCCACCGCCUACACGUGCGCUUCCGAGUCUUCCCGCUGAUGGCCGGGUGAGCCCCUUCAAAUCACCCCUGACGUCGCCCGCGAGUCCGAGCCGGCGAGGAUCACCGAGUCUCGUGGCUGCGGCUAGGCCAUCUGUGGGUACAAACGAAGGAAAUGAUGGAUAUCAGAGGCCAGGCGAGGAGAGUGGUCAAGGGGGUGUUGGGAGGUCCGUGGAUGUGCCAGUACAGUCUCCGAGGAGGGUGAGGCAUGUGAGGAGCCCACUUGGCUUGAAUAGCAUGAUGAAGAAGGAGUGA